CCUCUAUUCCUCAACUUCAUUCAUAUACGAAAAGCCAAAUCUCAAAUACGAUCGGAUCGCUACGUUAGCACUUGGUUAUUUUGUGGGUAAAUUCAGAUACUCUUGGUAAAAGUUGGACUAGGGGGCGUGAAAAUUUGAGGUGGGAAACUGUCACUAGCUGUUCCUUUAGGGCUCUUAUUGAGUCUCCAAUCACUUACCUGCACAUGCUGGGUUGGAGCUAGUGAUAUCAUAAUACUCGAAACUAUCAUACUCAAGUACGCACAUACAGUUUAAAAACAUGUUAUUGUUACUUCGUACUACAGUAUAUGUAAUCUGGUUCCUGAUCUGUGGAAAUUGGCGUAUUCUUUGAGAAGAAGAAAAAAAUGGAAUCAAAUUGUUUGGUUACCGGAUAAAAAAAUGUUCGAAACUCUGAAACAAACAAGUUACCACAAGAAGCAACUUUCACUAGACAUAUAUUGCUCUGCAUGUAAAUAAUCCUAUUGUAUGUGUGGUGUUCUUUCACUAAGAAGCAUUAUGUGAUUGUAUUUCUUGUGCCACCGUACCACUGAACACAAGAUGGUGCUUAAAAAUGACAUGCAUACCAAAACCUACUAUACUUUUCUAUCCAUGCGUGUUUUGUGUUAAUUAGAAGUAGGACUCUGCUGUAAAGAAGAAACUUAAAUCCCAAAGACGCAUGGGUGCUCGACUUCUUGGAGAGGUCAUGAUGUGGAUUGUUAAAUUAUAUCUUAUUCGUGAGAUGCGCAUAUUUGUUUUCAUUCCUGUUAUCGCGAACUUCCUCUUUAAAUGCAGUAUGUAUGGUUUAGUAGGAAGACCUGAGACUGUCUAGCUCCUAGGUUGAAUAAUUGUGUGCCUAGAGUCUACAUACUACUUCCGGUAUCCAAAAUAGUUGAUUUCCUGCAUAUGCUCUAGUGUGUCAUCCGUUUCUCAUAUCUCUGAUUUGCCCUUUUCCAAUAAUUUUCUCAUUUUAACUACCAGGGAUAUGAAUGCUUUAUGCUGCCAUGUGUAGCAUCUUGACUCUUAUUCCUAUUAUUACUGCCUUUCCUUUAUAAUAGUUGACUUCCAUCAUUUCACUGACUGGUCCUACCUAGUGUAAAUGCUAAUCUUGCUGUUCGAACAGAAUUCUGACAUGAGGCUAUGAAAACAGAAGACUAUGCCUUUGAGACUUUCGAUACUUACUUUGGGUACCAUAAAAUGACCUUAUUUCCUUUUCCGCAGCUGAAUAUGGUCCGAUGCGCUUUACGGAUUCACAUAUCCAAGAUGAUCACAAGCUGACUGAUUCAUUAAACGUACUUGCUCUGAAGAUAAUGUCCUCAGAUGUUGGCUACCCUAUCAAUGUGUAUGGGACUGUGAUAGUCAGAGAUCGUUUGGAUAUGAAAUGCAUCUACAUCUUCCGCCGCAACAGGGACAAUUGCCAACUUGUCCAAUCAGAGGGUGCACCUUUGAUUCUGACUGGCCCAAGUAGAGGAAUUGUUUUUAGCAAUGAUGCCUAUUUUGAGAUAAAUCUGAAGAUCAAGGAAGACAGAGAGAGCAAUGACAGACAAUUUAGCAAAGUAUUGAUUGAUGUGGAUAUUGGACGAAUGUACUCCACGAUUAAGAGGACACGUUCUAUUAGCAGGCUUAGCGAGGUGGAUCUAAUAAUCGCGUCUGUUAAGAAAGCAUUGGAGGGCACCAUUGAGAUAAGAGUUUUGUCAGGGCCUGAUGCUUUUUAUGGAAACAUAUCUGUUUGCACGACCAAGGUCAAAGUCAUAUACUGUUGUAUAACAGUGAUGUUCAUGGCGCAAAUACUUUGGGUAAGGACAGAGUUAUCCAACUAUUGCGUCGUGUGGUAGCAGUCUCAGUAGAUCAGAUGUUGAUAUUCCAUAUCUAUGCCCGCAACAGUGACCAGGCAGCUAAUAUCAACCAUUACAUCUGUGACUUCACUCCAUUAAUGAAAGGCUCAGACAAGCUGGAGAUCACUUGUGGUGUCUACAAGCUGCAAAUCAAAGUUACUUGGUCGACCUUGUUAUUGAAAUGAGGAUGAUUGUACAAAUUCACAUAUUUAUAUGCUUCAUAUCAGAAUAUCCAUGGUCUUUCCUAUGUAUUUUCUGUGCUGCCGUUAGCACCAAACAUUGUGAUAGUAUGUUUGUUCAGAUAUCUGCAUUCUAAGUUGAUAACUA